UGCUGCGCCCGGGUGUUCAGGGAGCGAAGGAAAAGCGGGACGACCGUGCCCACGUCCCUUUCCGACUGUGGCACCCUACGGAGCCUGGUGUUUCUGUCCCACCUACAAAGCCACCGGGAGACUGGCAACUGGUCUGGCUGCUUGCCUGUGUCACGUGGCCGUCAGGGUCACGUGACUGUCGUAUGUUGCCUUGACAACAACUAGCCUGCCGGGACUUUCCGGGAAAGCGCGGGCUCCCGGUAGCAGUGUUUCCAGUGCCUUAAAGACUUUUAGGAUGCUUUCUUUGUGAAGUGAAAAUUACUGACUAUGUUUCACUUUUCCAAAGAAGAGCUUGAUGAAGAAUUUGAACAAUUUAUGAAGGAGCUUUCAGAUGAUUCUUUUGAAAGUUCAAACAAAACAUCUAAACAACCUAAGAAAGAAAUGAAGAAGAAAGACACAGUGCCUUGGUGGAUAACUGAAGAUGAUUUUGAUGAUGACUUGUUCCUAGAACUGCUUAGAACAAAUGUGAGCUAUUUGAAGACAAAGAAGACUUCUCAGCCCAUUAUGGACACAGAAGAGGAGUCUGCUGAAAAAGCUCAAUUUCUUAAGAGCAGUGGAACCUCCAUCUUAAGUGUUGACAGCUUAGAAGCCAAUGAAUUAGUCCUUUCUGAGCUCCAUCAUAGUACCCUGGGGUUGGGCUUGGACACACUAGAAGAACAAGAAGAAAAAGAGCAGUUCUUUGCCAGACUUGAAAAAGGCUUGACAUCUUCUAUUGAUUAUUCCAAAUUAAAUCAAGAACUGGAUUCUGAUGACUCCACACAAUUCAGAGCUUUACAUAGCUAUCUGGCUAACACAGAACCAGCUGAAGAUGGACAUGAGAGUGAGUCAGAGCAUGAGGGACUGCCAGAAACAUACAGUGAUGAUUUUGAAGAUGCAGAGGAUGUCGAUGCGCCUUUGAUUACUGAAAAGGAAGAGACCCAUCCCGCAGAAAACUCUGAGUCAGGAAGAGCGCAUGUACCCGCACAGGAGGAAGAGAAAACUGGCAUGCUGGCUAAUGUUGUGCUGCUCGAUUCUUUAGACUCUGUUGAGGAUGUCAACCUGGCUGAUCAAAGUAAAGCAACCCCUGAAGCAAAGGCCCUCCCCGAAGUGACUGGUGGUGAACUAACAGGGACAGGUGUUUCUUAUGGACAGAGCAGUGGUGACACAGAAGCCCUGCAUCAGGCUUACUGUCACAUAGCUCAUUCUCUGGGAGACACGGGCAAACCAAGAAUUGAGGCUAGCACCGUGGCAAAUGCCAAGAGCUCAGUAAAAGAUCAUCUUCAAGAAAAUGAAGAGUCUUCAAAGAACAUCUCUACCACAGAAUCUGAUCUGCCCACAGUAGAGGAGCUGAUGAAACCCAUCAGGAUAGACUCCUACGGGGUCAGUGGCUUUGACUUGCCGCCCAUCAGCCUUAAGAAAGCAGCUGACAGUAAGGAAGGGGAAUCUGUGAGCUCUUUACUCCAUAAAAUGAACACAAACACUGUGUCUCAAGACCCCACUCACGUGAACCAGUUUCCCUACAAACACGAUGAGAAUGUGACUUUACACAAGACAGAGGGUGAGAUUAUGGGUGGUGGCUGUCCAGCAGCAACUGCUAUGGAAGAGCGUUUGGACAAAAUGUACCUAGAGAUUUUGAAGAAAAAAACAACUGUUAACCCUUCACUAUUACCUCAGGAUGACAAAACUAAUCAGACUUCCAGGACUCAGCUCAGUGCUGGGGAAGAGGGGCCUGUAACUGGUAAACAGGUUCCAUACAAGAAGGCCAGAAGUGCACCUCCUUUGCUUAAGAGAAAGCCGCAGAGUGGACUGUACAUGUCAGCUCGGAGCUCAGGGUACGGCAAGCCCACUUCGUCACUUCAGUUAUUUUCUGCUCUUGAAAAGAAAACUUCAAAGGACAAUACAAAAAGUAAAAAUGUGAGAUCCAUUCCCACCUCAAAUCAGUUUAGGAAAAAGGAAAUAUUAUCUGGAACAAAACUCAUCAAGCCUGCAGCUUUGAAUAGACCAUCCCCGCAAAGUGAAGGUAGCCUAACUACACCUAAGCAGCCUGAAGAUCCCACAGCUGAUUCCUCUGUCCAGUUUCAGACUGAGCCUCCAGGAAAUGGAGAGAAAGAAUUGCUGAUGUUGAAGAGAGCUCAGGAAGCAGAAGAAAAGUGGAGAGGUGCACAAGCCCUAAUUGAGCAAAUUAAAGUCACAUUCUCAGAAAAGGAGAGGGAGCUGGAGAACACACUGGAAACCCUGAAGAGACAGCAGGAAGGAGAGCUCUUCAAACUGAACCAAGAAAAUUACAUUCUUCAGACCAAGUUAAGUAGCUUUGAAGAAACAAGCAGAAAACAGAGAUGGCUACAGCUUGGAGAAACAUCCGAUCCCAUUACUGGAGAAAAGCUGAAACAAAUCCAAAAAGAAAUAGAAGAACAAGAGACACUUCUUCAAGGAUACCAGCAGGAAAAUGAAAGGUUGUAUAAUCAAGUAAAAGAUCUCCAGGAACAAAAUAAGAAAAAUGAAGAGCGAAUGUUUAAGGAAAAUCAGAAUUUAUUUAGUGAGUUAGCCUCUUUAAAAGAACAGGUGCACAAAAAUCGUUUCCUGUCUCAAGCAGUUGAAAAUGCAGAACCCACCAAAAACCAGAGUUUUACAGAUCUGCUAGCAGAAUUACGGGUGGUGCAGAAAGAGAAAAACCAUCUGAUGGAAGACAUCAAAAGACUGAAGCAAGACAAACAAGCUCUUGAAGUGGACUUGGAAAAAGUGAAGAAAGAAAGGGACCAAGCCAAAGAUCAGAUUGCUUAUGCCACAGGUGAAAAAUUAUAUGAAAUAAAAAUUUUAGAAGAAACACAUAAACAAGAAGUCAGUCGUCUGCAGAAGCGGUUACAGUGGUACGCCGAGAAUCAGGAGCUUCUAGACAAGGAUGCGGCUCCCCCCCCAGAGGCCAAUGAAGAAGCUGAGAAGCUGAAACUGGAGAUUGAAAAACUGAAAACUGAGUCCGGGAGCCCAACCACUCAGCAGAGGUUACGCUCGAAGGAAAGAGCUCUGGAUGCCAAAAGAAUUCAGGAUCUGGAGCGGCAGGUUAAAGAAAUGGAAGGGAUUCUGAAGAGAAGAUACCCCAACUCCUUACCUGCCUUGAUACUGGCUGCCUCAGCAGCUGGUGAUUCCGCAGAUAGAAACACAGUGGAAUUUAUGGAAAGAAGGAUAAAAAAGCUAGAAGCUGAUCUGGAGGGCAAAGAUGAAGAAGCAAAGAAAAGCCUGCGCACCAUGGAGCAGCAGUUUCAGAAAAUGAAGAUCCAGUACGAACAGCGGCUGGAGGAGCAGGAGCAGCUGCUUGCCCACAGACUGAAGGAAGCUCCACAGAACCAGCGCAACAGCUCAGCCAGACUUAAGGCACUUGAGACAGAACUUGGGGAAAUAAAGGAAGCCCAUGAGGUCACUGUAAGAAAGCUAGAAGCUGAAAUCAGUGAUCUCAAACAUCAGAAUGCUGCGUUAGAACACAAGAAAAAUGACAGAGAGGAUCAGGACCUCCAGUCCCUAGAAUUCCAGGUAGAGCAGGCGCAUGCUAAAGCAAAGCUGGCAAGACUCAACGAAGAACUGGCGGCAAAGGGGAGAGAGAUACAGGACCUUUCGAAAACUGUGGAGAGGCUCCAGAAGGAGAGAAGAAUGAUGCUGUCUAGGCAGGGCCCCAGGAGCAGAGAGGAAACAUCUGCCAAACAGGUGAAGAAAGAAGUUCUACACCCCAGUAGAGGGAAUGCAAACUCCUUCUCUGGAACCCUAGAUGCCAAACUGUACCACCCACACACCUUCACUGAUUCCCAUGUUUCAGAGGUUUUACAAGAAAACUACAGAUUGAGAAAAGAACUAGAGGGAUUGAUUCUAGAGAGGAAUAAGCUGAAGAUGGACUCUGAAGCAGCAGUAUACCAAUUUGAAAACUCCAUGAAAAGGGUCAAGGACGACACUGCAGCACACAUCGCGUCCCUCAAAGCAUCUCAUCAGAGGGAAAUGGAGAAAAUCCUUUGCCAGAAUGCACUAGAAAAUUCCUCUUCCAAAGUAGCUGAACUGAAUCGCAAAAUAAUCACUCAAGAGGUACUUAUAAAACAUUUCCAAGGUCAAGUUAAUGAGCUGCAGGGUAAACAAGAAUCCCUUGCAGUUUCUCAAGUUCGAGAAGAAAUCCUACAGAAACAGAUUACAAAGCUCUUGGAAGAAUUGAAAGAAGCCAAAGAAAACCACACACCAGAGAUGAAACAUUUCAUGGGCUUAGAAAGGAAGAUCAAGCAGAUGGAAAUGAGGCACAAGCAGAGAGAGCAGGAACUCCAGCAGAUAAUACAGCAAACACGCCAAGUAGUAGAAACUGAGCAAAACAAGGAAGUUGAGAAGUGGAAGAGACUUGCACAGCUGAAGAAUCGGGAGCUGGACAAGUUCCGCACAGAACUGGACUCCAUCCUGGACGUCCUGCGGGAGCUGCACCGACAGGGGGUGGUUGUUCCAGUUGCUCUUGCAGAUGAAGUGAAUACAGCAGAGUUUUAGUCAGAACUUGGAUCUGAGCGACCUCGUCGGAAAACAUGAAAAUGUGCCACUGUCGGGACAGCUUUUGAGAGAUAAAGUUCUACCACACAGACAUGGGUGAACAGCACCAGAGUAACUUUGUCAGAAUAAACUGCCCUGGACCAACAAGGAAAAGAACAUACGUCAUGGUGUGUUUUACUGAAAACUAUUAACUGAUCACAUUGGAGAUGACUGAUGAGCAGGGUCUGUAAUGUCGCAACUAGCAAGGCUAACUGCAGAAGGGCUCGCUCCCAGACUACGGUGGAAGGGAAGCAUCGCUCAUCCUCAGCCACGUCUUAUAGAUGAACUUUUCAUUUUCCAUAUGACAGAAAAUCAGCUUUCUCAUGAGAAGGGUAAAGGAAUGUGAGCCCCUGUGCUGGGGACAGUUUCAUCUCAUCAGCUGUCACCUGGGCUGCAGAGCCUCUUCAGUAACUUCGAUGACAGUUGUAACCUCUGUUCUCUUGGGCUUUUUGGGGCCUGAUGGAAAGUGACAGCUAAUGGCACAGUUUGGUGUAUCCAUUACUGUAGGCCAGAUCUAGUAAAUGACAGUCCUAAUUUUUGGCAGCUCUUAAGUUAUAAACGAUAUAAGAAGUUUUACCUUUUCUAUUGAAAAAGUAAUACUAUGUCCAUUAGAAAGAAUAAAAAUAUGAUAAAAAUAGCUCUAGCUUAUUUUACAAUCCCAUUUUUAAAAGCAGAUCAGAAAUGUGUGGCAUAGCGGUAAAUCAAAGCUGCGGCCAGUUUGCUUCAUAUCUCUCCCCGUCCGCCUUGCUGGAGAGCCUGCUGUCCAUGGAGACAUGACACACGUAGUAUCUACACUGGGUGCUCCCAGCCAUCCAGGACAGCAGAGGAGUUGCACCGUAAAUUUUAAUUUUUAGCCACUUUAAUGUAAAAAGAAACUGUGAACUAAGUCAUUAGAUUGCAUUUUACAUUAAUAGCACAUUUCGGUUUGGCCUACAUUGAAGCUGUAUGUGCCAGUAAAUGCAAUUCUGGGGUAAUACUUACAAAGAAGAAUGUUUCAUAAGGGACGGGCGAGCGAGUCUAGUGAUCUCAUGAUCAAAGGAUGUGAAGUAUAUAUAAUACCUGUUAAAUAUGGAAGUGUAAUUAUUGUCUUAAUGCCAGCAUUUUGUAAUGUGUUUUCUUUCUGAGAGGGGAGUAAAAAAAGUAUUUUUUUUUGAUUUUUGAGUUAUAAUACAAAUAAUUUAUUUUAUAUUUAGGUGUUUUGUGUUUAUGGGUAUGCAUGCCUCUGAAUACAUAGCUUCCCACCCUACCCCCUGUCCUUUUGACUGAUUCUAUAUAUGAGCCAUUCAAAGUACAAAGCUGGUUUUAAAACUCAAGAGAAACAUGCAGAAAAGGUUGGUGUUGACUAGUAAGCCAAGUCCAAACACAUUGUUUCUGUGUGCCCAUGGAUGCCCUGCCCUAUUCACUACUAUGUGGUCCCUAAAGUCUAUUUCCCUUGUGCUUCAUCUCGAGAACAAAAGUGGAGGCAUCCUGGCUUUAUUGGUGCAACUACAUUUAGAGGUUAAGAUGGCUUAAGAUAGUGAGAGAGUAGUGAAGAGCAUAGAACACAAAGUUUUAAUAAUAGGAUGAGGAGCUGCUUGGGAAAGAAUGUGACCCUAUAAUUUGGGAUGGCAUGGGUGAAGGCUCUGACAGAGCUGGGGAUGUGGAGCUGCUAAAUUCCAGUGAGAUUUUUUUUCCUCUUAUGACAGUACAGGGAAUCCAAUCCACCAUAAGUGCCCCUUUUUUGUUUUGAGACAGUUGUGCUGUGUGGGCCAGGCUUAACUCAAACUUGAAAUCCUCCUGCCUCAGUCUCCUCAGUGCUAGGACUGCAAGUGUGUAUGACCUAAGUGGGCUUCCAGUGAGUGCUUUUUGUUUCUGAUUGUGUUGCUGAUGGUAGUGUUUUAGUUUUGAGAUAGGAUCUCAUCUGGUCCAGUGCUGGGAUUUGAACCCUGUGUGCAUGCUAGCCAAGCACUGGGUUUACUGAACUAUACAUCACAUCCCCAGGCUGAUGGACUCUAUUCAGAAGUGGCAAUAGAAGCUUUUCACCACCAGAGGGGAUUACCCCACAUUGAUUGAAACAUUAAUGGCCUAUCCUAAGGCAGGUGUAAAGCAAGACAAUGCUGUGUACCUGGGGACGGAGCCACCAACCUUGGUUGCUUUUAUACCUAUAUGUGGACCUAAGUUCCAACAAGCUCCCAAAGGUGAGAUAUGAACUAUAACCCACAAAGACAUGUAGGUUUCCAGUUUAUACAAGUAGAAUCUAAGGGAUUGUUGUAAAAAUGCUUAUGAUGGGACAUUAAGUUGAAUCAGACCAAGCAUACUAAUACACAUCCACAAAGUAAACAUUCUAAAUAAAGAACGUAUCAGAUUGGGGAUAUAACUGUUUCAAUAGUGCUUAUCUAGUGUGCACAAAGACCUGAGUUCUAAUCCCAGCACUGGAUUAGGUGAGCUACUGUAUUUCAAGGAAUUAGAAAGGGCUCCUAAUAGUUUGGCUGAAACAUGGAUCAAAAACGACUGGUAGCAAAUUGGAGAAGUUUAGGGAUAGAAUGUGACCAUCUAAUUGUCACUUGUAUUAAUACGCUGCAAGGGUCCAAGAGACCACUGCCAGCCUUCAUAGCUUUCUACUAUUGGUGGGCUUUCUGCUAUUUUAAGUUUUUGGAACAGACAGCUUCUUGUGGGACAUUUUUUUUUCCAUCCUGAUGACUGAUGGCCUCUUUUGGAGUAAAUCCAAAGGAAGGGACAAUGUACAUCUUUGCUCUUUACCAGAAAACCUCCUGUCCAAAAGUAUUCUUAUAAUCUCCAGGGUGGUUCAGAAAGUCAUGUCUCCAUUCGGGGCCUGAGAAACAAUUCAGAUCCCGUUCUUCUGACCAAAAGCAAUUGUUAGCAAGAAAAAUAUGUAUGAAUGUGUAAGAACAGUGACGCUUGGCCAGGAGGAAAGAACCUUCUAAUGGGCCUCAGCAAAGCCCUUGUUGCCUUCACCUUCCUUCCACAUGGUAUCUUAAUAUUAUAAGUGGCAUUGUGAUCCUACUCUGUCCUUAGGCAGGUAUAGUCCUUGGCCUAUCACUUGCAAAACUGAUUAUGUUACCAGGGACAUGAGAUAGGGGCCAGGCACUGAUUAGACGCUUGACUAGGUCAUCCUGGAUGACUUUCAAGCCUAAUUUCUGACUAACUUCCUAAUAGUUUUAUGACUUUUACAAGAGAACCCAUUGCAAAAGUGCCACCGAAAUAAGUGGCUUCAAGGCAAUGACUACUUUGUUAUAGUGUUCUAUAAAAUUAAGUUUACUAAGUUUUCUAAGAUUUUUUUUUAACAGCAUCUUGCUAUGUGAUCUAGGGUGGCUUUGAACUCCUGGCAUUCCUCCUGUCUCAGCCUCCUAAGUGCUGGAAUUAUAGGCAUGCCAUUCUGGAUUUAAAAUCAAAAUGCUCUGGAUUUCUCAAACCAUUAACCAAGAUUCUAUUUAGGACAAAAUUCUGGGGGUGCUUUUUCUCUUCUAAUUAUAAAGCAGCCUUUAAAUCGUGGCGCUUUUCUGAGGACCAAUGAGUGAUGCAAAUAAGUAGGUUCUCAUAAUACCACCAGGAGUAAUGAGAGUGGUAAGGAAGAACAGAAGCAUGACUUUGUCUUUGCUCACCCAAGUGAGCAUCAUCACCCAGGUGAGAGUGUUAGCUGGCAUCACUGAGCAUGGUGGGAAGGCCCAGUCUCUCAUGCAGUGAUGCUAAACCCAUGUUGUUGAUUCUAGUCAGUCUAAGUAGUUUAAGCUACACAAAAGGCAGCUGUACGUCACUGGGAAAGAUAUGACCGAAAUUUCAGACAGCAGCAGGAUUCUAAGAGCUGGAGCACAGUAGUGACUGCUCCCAAAGGAGGGCCAGAACAGGGCUGGAAACACAGUAGCUCAGAGGCAGGAACUACUAGCCAGAUGGUAUUGAUACCACUAAGGACCUGAUUGCUCCAAGAGUAUGGUGAUAACAGGGAAUGUCCCUGAGUUACAGCCACACAUUGUCAUCACAAGCCAUUUAGAGUUUGAGUACUUUGGCAAAUAAUUAUCCCCUUAUUCCUGAAAGUGCAGCAGCAACAGCAAAUACUGAAAAGCUGGAAAAAUUGAACAAUGAGCUAAACAAUUUCAAAUAUGUUAAGUGCCCUAACAUUAUGCAGGAAAUUGACUCUGGAUAAAGCUAAAGUGGAAAAGAAAAAGCAAGGUAAAAUUAUUCACAAAGAAACAGGAUGGUAAAUACUAAGUUUAUGCCACAUUCUCUGAUCAAAGGACAAAGAACCAUUCCAAAAGUAGAGUUUUAGGCUCAGAAUAUGUUACAGUCUAUUGCUGAAUAUGCCCUAUCUCGUCUGAUCUUGGAAGCUCAACAUCAGGCUAGGUUAGCUCUUAGGUGAGCAGAUAUUAUAGUCAAGCUACAUUGAAUCUUAGUGGAAUUGUUUCUCCACUAAAUUUUGAAAUUUUUUGGAACCUGUGACCCAUGAACAGAAAUUUUAUAAUCUGUAUCUCAGACUUUUCACACCAAGGGACCAAAAAUAUUUUUCUAGUUCUACAGGUCUGCAGGUAGAAAUAACUUUUUACCCAGGACUGACAUAGGCUGGGAUGGUUAAAAAAAAAUGACAAUAUGCACCUUGGAGUUGAUACUGUUAUGGACUGAAACUCUAGCAUGUUGAGAAUUAUAUUUUAAAUGGAGGUGAACUGGCCAAAGAAGACAGGAAAUGCUACUGGCUUUCAACACAUCCACAUCCUCAUCUCUGGAAACUGGUCCUGUGUUACUUUUCAUGACAAAAGUGACUUUAGCAGACAAGAUCAAGAAGGGGGAGACUUGGAGUAAGUUAUCCUUGGUGAUCCAAUGGAAGUAAACCAGAUUCCUUGUCAGGAAAGCAGGGUUGCCAGAGACAGAUGGUGAAAGAUGUCAUAGUAACAGGAGAUCAUAAUCCAAAGAUUAACCACCUGUAGAAAUUGAUGAAGGCAAAAUGAUGGAUUCUUCCCAGAGCCUCCUAUGUUAGCCACUUUUCCUUGCUGUGCAAAAUACAUGAAAGAAAUUAAAAGAAUAUUUUGGCUCUUGGUU